AAGAGGCGCGUCGGCGCGUCGAGACGCCGUCGCUCUCCUGCCCCUGUCUCUGUCUCUGUCUCUGUCUCGACCGCGCCGAGCCAGGACCGCCGCACGCCGCUCUUCGUCCGCGCGCGACCCCCGCCAGCCGCCGACCAGCGCGACUCGCCUGUUGCCCGACCGACUACCGCCGCCGCAGACAAGAUAAUCAUGCCGAUCUCCGAAUUCAGGAAGAAAAAGCUGCUGUUCGUCUUCAAAGUAUUCUUCGAUGUCAACCAGAGUGGCACCAUAGACCAGAAGGAUUUCGAACUAGCAGUGGACAACAUCUGCCGGAUGCGAGGAUGGGCGCAAGGGGACGCGAACUACCAGAAGACCAGAAACACGCUGCUGAAGAUUUGGGACGGCCUGAAGACUUGCGCCGACUCCGACAAGGACGGUCAGAUCUCCCACGACGAGUGGUGCACCAUGUGGGACGACUACUCCAAGAAGCCGGACAGCGCCCUCGAGUGGCAGCAAGUGUACAUGAACUUCAUGUUCGACCUGGAGGACGCCUCAGGUGAUGGCAGCAUUGAUGAAGAUGAAUUUACACUGGUGUGCAGCAGCUACGGCCUUUCCAAAGAUGAGUGUGGGAAAGCAUUCAAGAAAUUCUCUUCGAAUGGAAGUGUGGAGGUAACACGCAAGGUGUUUGCAGACCUUUGGAGAGAGUAUUUCUCCACAGACAAUCCCAACGCACCUGGGAACUUCAUAUUUGGCAAGGUUAACUUUGAUUAACCUCACAAUCGCACAUAACAUUUGGAUGACACAAAGGUCCAGUAAACUUGAAAUAUCUCAAUACUGUCUGGAUCAUUGCCUAGCUGCAUUUCAUCGAGACAAGAUGAGAAAUUAAAAUAAAAUUUAAAAAAAUUCAACUGAAAUUGAGUUUGUGUAAGUAGCACAUUGAUACAAUGAAAAGCUAAAUGUACAUUUGCUAAAAACUUCCAUUACAAAUUAUAUUAUAUGUCUACCCAAAUACCACAUAGUUACUACUUGUUUAAAUUAAAAUGAUAAGUCAUUAAAAUAUUGUUACUGUGUAAUAAGAUUAGGCUGUACAUAAAUUAUUGAGAACUAGUGUCAUCCAUAUAUUGCAAAAUGCAUCAUUAAUUAACUAACCUAAAUCAACAAGGUUUUGGUAAGUUAUGCCUUAAGGGAAAUAAAGGGUAUGUAUUAUAAAAACCACAUUUGGUGGUAACAUCCAUAUUAGAGCAGAAAGAUACGGAAUACUGAGAUGUAAUAAAAAAGACAGUGUUUGUUAGUGUUGUGAAUCAUGUCUAUAUUUAUAUUUGUUGCUAAUGUAUUGCUACUAUUUCCACCAGUUGAUGGGUCUUAAUAGAAGUACGAGAUGAAAAAUUUCCAGUUUCAGUAUGUCUGAAUACAUUCAACAAGUAUUCUUUGUAAAUGCGAAGCUAACGUUUCUGUGUAAAUGGUGGUGUAUUGAAUAUUAUUCAUUGACAAUACAGAGUUUAAAAACA